AUUUGCUGAGGAGCAGAUUCGCGCCGUCGUGCCAAGAACUUUGGAAUCGCGGAGAAGCCAGGGCCAGAUAAAUCCUAUCUACGUUCUAUCUUCAUUAACAGGUAGCCUUCAUCCUAGCUCUUGCCGUAACCAUGGCGGUGGCAGUGCUCAACACGGCCGCUGCUUUCUUCCCGCCCCGGGGUCCUCCGUGUCCCAGGAUCCGGCGGGAAUGCUUCGGAUUCAGAUGCAGGUCGAGUCAUAGUGACGAGGAGUUUUUGCAGGAGUAUUUGGUAGAUGCGCCAGUGUCGAUUGGAGAUGGAUUCUCUUUCAGUGGAGGCAAGUACGCGGAAGGGCCGAGUCGAUUUGAUGAGUGGUUUGCUCAGGGGAAGAUGGUAGACGCUCAUCCUGCAUAUUGCAGCAAAGGGAAAGCAAAAGACCCAAUAUUUGGUCUUACAAUGGGCCGCGGUUCACAAACCACUGAUGAUGUUUUCAGAUGGUUUUGUGUUGAAGCUGGAGACUCUUCUAACCCUUCGAUCAUUUUGAUUCAUGGUUUCCCAUCUCAGGCAUAUUCAUUUCGCAAAGUUCUUCCUGUUCUCUCUGAAGAAUAUCACGCCAUUGCUUUUGAUUGGCUCGGUUUUGGGUUUUCUGAUAAACCUCAACCAAGAUAUGGCUUCGAUUAUACCCUUGAUGAGUAUGUUUCAUCUUUGGGAUCUCUUAUUGAUGAGCUCAAAGCAGAUAAUCUAUCCCUUGUUGUACAGGGGUAUUUUUCUCCUGUUGUAGUCAAAUAUGCCAGUUAUCAUCAAGAGAAGAUCAGGAAUCUUAUACUUGUCAAUCCCCCACUGACAGAAGAACAUGCAAAUUUGCCACCAAACCUUUCAAUGUUCAGCACCUUCUUGCUGGGUGAGAUAUUUUCCCAGGAUCCUCUUAGAGCCAGUGAUAAAGCUCUGACCAGCUGUGGGCCAUACGUGAUGAAGGAGGAAGAUGCAAUGGUUUAUAGAAGGCCAUACCUUACAUCUGGUUCUUCAGGUUUUGCACUAAACGCAGUCAGCAAAGCGAUGAAGAAAGAUCUCAAGCGUUAUGUUGAAUACAUGAGAGAAAUAAUAGCUAGCAGCUCCUGGAAAAUUAACACUGCAGUGUGUUGGGGUUUAAGAGAUCGGUGGUUGAGCUAUAAAGGCAUUGAAGAUUUCUGCAAGCCCUUAAAUCUUAAAUUAGUAGAACUGCCAAAGGCUGGCCAUCAUGUACAAGAAGAUUCUGGAGAAGAGCUUGGGACAAUAAUAGCCGAAAUCAUAGGCAAAAGGAAUGUAAAUUUUUAGCCCUGUACCCGACACAUUCUUUUCUUGUAUCAAAUGAAAGAAAAGGAGAUGAUUACCAAGACAUCCGUAGUAAAAUUUCAUCAUCAAUCCCUUUUUUUAUCUUAUACAGUAGUCACACAGAAAUGCAAAGUAUAAUUUGCCUAUCUGCAAAAACAUGUUUUAUAUCUAACGAGUUUCACUGCUUGUGAGUUGAUUUUUGGAUUGGCAAAUAAAUCCAAGCAAUAGGGGAAAACACAUUAGCAUGAGCUUGUGACUUAGAACAUUAAGGCUCUGUUUGGUAAACUUGUUUUUGUAUUCUGUAGCACAAGUUGAUAUGCCUAAUUUUGUCAAUCUUCCAUUGA